AUGAAUGCCCUCAUUGGUAAUUUAGCUGGGUCAGAUUAAGCAGUUAUUUAAGCUGCAUACCCUGGUGAAUACGUAAAAUUGACUGGAAUUGGAAGAGGUUCCUAUGCAUAAGUGUACAAAGCAGAGACUGCUGAUGGACAAGUCGUGGCUAUAAAAGUAGAAUUUCUUAAUAAUUAGCAUAGGUUAUAGACUUAAAAAAUAUGCAAAGGGAGAUCAUACCUUAUAUGUAAAAUGAAAUAAAAUUAUUAUCAGAGAGUGACAACAAAAAUGUGAUUAAAUUGUUUAAAAGUUAAUAAACUCAUGAUAAAUUGAUAUUAGUUCUGGAGGUACUAUUUUAUAUUAGAAAAAUACUAGUUUUGUUAAUUGGAUGUAGAAUUCAUGGUGAAAAGAUAUUAUAAAGGCAAAUUGCCAGACGACUUGGCUAUAGUUAUUUUGAGAUAACUUGUAAAUGGAUUGUGUUACUUGCAUACGAAUAAAAUCAUUCACCGCGACUUGAAGCUAGAAAACUUUGCUAUUCGCAUGUCAAAUGAGGAUUGGGUUUCCUUAUAGUCUAAAAAUGAUCUUUCAGUAUUCGAGAGAGCAACCUAUAAACUGAUUGAUUUGGGGUUAGCCAAGAAGUUGGAAGACCUUCAAGCGUAAACAAGUACUUGGGCAGGAACAGAAUUGAACAUGGGUAUCAUAUAGCAUAAUAAAUUAAGCACCUGAAAUCUUAAAUGAAUAAAAGUACUCAUUCUAAGCUGACAUGUACAGUCUAGGAGUCUGCUUGUACUACAUGUUGUGUGGUAAAUAUCCUUAUUUUGAUCCAACAAAUAGAACUCCACUUUAAGAUUUAAUUAAGAAGGAGAAUGCUGAUGUAAAUCAUAUUGCUAAUGUUUAAUUGAGGAGUCUGAUACAAAGAAUGCUUAAAUAUGAACCAAAACAAAGAAUUACAUUCUAGGAAUUAUAUUAACAUGACUUUUUUAAGUUUAGAGAGGGAGAUCUAUCCAAUCCAAUCGAUUUAGAAUUAAAAGAGAAUUAAAUCAUUUAUUCUUAAGUAAUUAAUUAGUCAAUUAUGGAAAAUGGUCAAUAAAUAUAAUAAAUUGAAGAUAAUACAGUAAAAAUUGAAACCAAAAGUGAUGUUAAGAAAAUCAUUAUAGUGGAAAAAUAAGAUUUAGUUAACAAUUAUAUAGAAAGUUAAAAUUCUGAAGCCUUUCCAAAAAUCCCUAUUCAACCCAAAAAUAAUAUUCCUACCAAAAUAUAUGAUAACUCGAAAAAAGAGGACGAUUAAAUCAUGCAACUUUAUAAUACAAGAAAUUAAUACAUUGCAAUUUUGAAAUUAGUUGAUUAUAUCGAAGAAAUGAUAGUUUUAGUUAAAUCGACGAAGCUUAAUUACUUCAAUAUGGAAUCGACAUUUAAGAUGUAUACUGAAUACUUAAAGAUGGUUUCUAAGCAAAUAUUCAUAAAGUUAUAGCACAGAUUCAAUUUCUAUCAACCUACUCUAGGGUCUUAUGAUAGAUAUUUAUUAUUGGAAAAAUAAGUGAAAGGAGAAGAUAAAAAAAAACUAGAUAAUAUUACUGUUAAGGAAGGAUCGAGCACUGGAUUCUUUUCAUGGUUCAGGAAGAGUGUUCUUAAAUAAAUACAAUGCGAACCCAACGACUCGUUGGACUUUAUGAAGCAAUACGAAUAAAUCAACAUAGAGUUGUAUAAAGAAUUAUUGAAGAUGUUGCAAGAUUCAUUUUACAAAUAUGAAAAGGAUUCUGAUCCUAAAUUGAAAAAAAUUAAAUGCCUACUCUACUUAUCCAUGAUAGAUACAGCAAGGUCUAGAGUACUAUUUUAAGUAGACCAAAAAAAUAUUGAUUAUAAAAUUGAGGAACUACUAUUGGCCAAGGCUAAAGAAGAACCAGACAUACUUUCAGAAAAGGUAACCUCUAUUUUAGGGUAAUAUAAUUUAAAAUACAACUGAUCAAUAUUGUAUCUACAAAUAUGGC